CCGACCGCGGCAGCCGGCGGGGAGGGAAGGAGGGAGGGAGCGCUCGGAGGGGGCGGGAGGCGCACGCCGUUUCCCUUUCUCUUUCGCUGGGCGGCUGCCCGCCCGAGGCCGCGGGGCUCCGCCAGGUCCCGAGAUGGCUCGCCUGACGCCGCGGCGAGAGGUGCGAGCCGCGGCCCCCUGAGAGCUCCCGCACCGCGAGCAAAUGCCUGGAAAAGUCCCGCUGCGCAGAGCGGCACCGCAGCUCUCCUGAACGGCGGGCAGCAGCACCUCCCGGAUCCGCUCCCUGACCCCCGGCAAUCCGGCAGCCUGUCCUGCCCCACGAAUGGCUGCGCAGAGGAAGCACUUGGUGAAAGAUUUCAAUCCUCACAUCACCUGUUACAUCUGCAAAGGCUAUCUCAUCAAGCCCACCACGGUCACGGAGUGCCUCCACACCUUUUGUAAGACUUGCAUUGUUCAGCACUUUGAAGACAGCAAUGACUGUCCCAGGUGUGGCAACCAAGUGCAUGAGACCAACCCACUAGAAAUGUUAAGGCUGGAUAACACCUUAGAGGAAAUUAUAUUUAAGCUGGUGCCUGGACUUCGAGAACAGGAACUGCAGCGAGAGAUUGAGUUUUGGAAGAAAAAUAAACCUCAAGAAAAUGGGCAAGAAGAAAGCCCCAAAACUGAUAAACCCAAAGUUGAUGAGGAGUGUGAUGAAAAUGAAGAAGAUAAAGACUAUCACAGGAGUGACCCACAGAUCGCCAUCUGCCUCGACUGUUUACGCAACAAUGGGCAGUCUGGAGACAAUGUAGUAAAAGGUUUAAUGAAGAAAUUUAUCCGCUGCUCUACUCGAGUGACCGUGGGAACUAUCAAAAAGUUUCUCAGCUUAAAAUUAAAACUUCCAAGUUCUUAUGAGCUGGAUGUACUAUGCAAUGGAGAAAUCAUGGGAAAGGAUCAUACUAUGGAAUUCAUCUAUAUGACAAGAUGGAGACUAAGAGGCGAAAACUUUCGGUGUCAGAACUGCUCAUCUUCGCAAGUCUACUCACAGGAUGGCACUUUGUAUCAGUCUUACCCUAUGGUACUUCAGUAUCGACCUAGAAUUGACUUCGGUUAGACCAAAGGGCCAAAUCUCAUUGUGAUGAAUCCUGCACUAUUUGUUUACCCAUCGACAGAUUGCACAAUGAAUGGAUGUGCCUGGAUUAGGGGGACACAACCAGAUUUUCAGCAUGCAAAUAAGGACAUUGUCUUUCUUAAAAUUGUCAACUGCAUCUUUGUUGUUUCUAUUAGAGCAAGCCAAGUGCCAUUCUGCUACUGAAAUGUGCAUAAGAUAUUUGUGAAUUUUAUGUGUGCUGCAAGUCAUAGCCAAAAUCAUGAAGUGUACAGUCAAGAUUCAAAAACUCUGUAAUAUUUUUGCUUGCGUGUUAGAAAAUCCUUCUGGUCCUCGUAUUGAUCACACUAGCAAAAUGGCAGAGUGCUCAUUCCAUGUGGUGUUGCAGUUUCACACGCUUACUAUUUUACUGAAUAUCGUUGUUUAAAUCAUAGAGUACUGUACAAAUAGGUAAGGAUUAUACCUUGAAAAUAUUUUGUAUAGAAAAUAUAUUUAGAGAAGUGGUUGUUGGGCCACUACCUUUUUCUCAAUAAGCUUCUUAUGGGUCCAGGUAUAGCUCACUCAUGAGUGUGCAAUGGUCCUUUUGCAGUGUACCUUUAACAAAAGCGUAGAACGUGAUAAUUCGAAAAAGGAAUUUUAAAUAGUCUAAAUAGAUUCUACCAGUAUUGCUUAAAAGCAUUGCAGCUUUCAUGAUUGCACUUUUUUGUGGCUACCCUAAAGGUCGGAAUUCGGGAUAGGGCUUUUCUUUGGAAAAUGGCUUCUAGUCAGAUAACAUUUCUUCUAAUAAAAUCUUUAUAGAAAUGAAGUUAAAAUCAUCUGUCUAUGAAAUAAAUUUCAUCGUGAGGUUACAGUCAAGGCAGAAUCUAUAUGUAGUUACUGCAUUUUGUGGUAAGCCCUUCCUUUUAAGAUUGGGUAAAGGUUUAUAAUAAGCUUAAGGAAAAAAUAACGUAUAGCUACACAUCUCUCUUGAGAGUAUCUGGAGUGUAGAAUUCAUUGUAGAAAUGUUUCACUAGUUGAAGUCUCAUCGUACAAUUAUUUCCAUAGAAUUAGAGGCAAUACAAUACUGAAGAUAAGCAGUCUGACCAAAAUAAUUCUUCGGGUCAUUGUUUUUUUUCCUGAGACCUGGUAGUGCUGGAUAAAAGAGUGAUUGUUGCCUUAGGUACUGCAAGUGUAAUCAUUCUGGUAUAGAAUGUUUAUUGAGGUUUCUGGUAAUGUUGCAGGGGGCAUAAUAAUGCGCAUGUUUUCUGUAGUCUUCCGUUGUCUUGCUCUGCUUACAAGUCAAAUGAGUUUUUUACUUCAAAAGCUGUGGAGAUAACUGUAGUUCAGCACCUUUUAUAUAAUUCUUUUUAGUGCACACCCACUAGUAUUGUAGAUAGCUAUUUAUGUCCUUAAGCCUUCUGCAUACAUCAGAAAGGAACCAAAUUAGUGUUUCAGAAACUACUCUAAUCAUACUUGGGUAGGACAAAGUGAAAAUUCCGUCUUGUCUACCGUGGGAUCAAGUAUAAAAGGUGGAAACACGGCUGUAACUUCUUUGUAAAUGUGUAUUCACGUAUGUUGUGAUGUUUCUGUAGGAGAAACACACAUGUUGUGGAUUAAAUUUGAGCCUUUUAGUACUUGCAGGAGUUCUAACAUUGAUGACUUGAAGAAUCCCUGUAUUGUUGGGUUAAGUCCCACCACUGCACUCCGAAGCCCAUACGUCAUGCCGAAAUAGCGAUGCUGUCAGUAGCAGUCUGUUUAGGAAACCUGCCAUUGCAGGUCAAGGUUGCACAUAUUGUGCAGAUGCCAGUGAACCUGGGGAAGCAAAAUGUUAAGGAAGCUGCUGCUCUGUUCUGCAGGCAUAACGUGCCGACUGGCAUGGGCGUUCUUUUGCCCACGUUGUUGUGGGAACAGGUGCACCUGUGGGCUGCAGGAAGUGGUCAUCUUUUUGCCCACCUGAGCUGUGAGGUGCUGCUUCACAGAAACAGCCACACUCUCUGCGUUGGGAGGGCCCUGCUCAUCUGUGUACGUGGAGCAGCUUGUCAGAUCAGAGCAUUCAUUCUAAGUGCAAGUCAUUGAUAUCUUUGUUAUAUACAAUUGUUUUGUACGGUAGAAAUAGAUAUUAUUUGUAAAUAUUGACAUGCACAUGCAAAUGACACCUUACGAUUUUUAUAUACUUCAUGUGUUUUUAUACCAGAAUUUUCACUGUAGAUUCACUUAACAUAAAAUGCCUGUUUUGUUUUAUCACAAAACUAGCAUUAGGACUCUUAAGCAUAAUUUCUGCUUGAUCUGGAGGACCCUUUUUUCUCAACUUUUGCUGGUUUGACAAAUUUGAACAGAUUUGGUGGGGGAAAAAAAAAAAACAGCGCAUCAAUUUUAAUCCAUUUUUAGUUACCUUACACAGAAGUCUGCAUCCAGCUAACGGGACCCUCAAAAUCUAGUCUACUUCAUAGUGGCUUUUAAAUGACAUCCCAACAGAGGAUUUGACUGUCUGAUGACUUUCUGUAGUCAUAGUUCAGAGAACUGUGAGUUUGUCUUGAUCAGAAUUGGAUACUGGCAAUUCAUGGUAUUUUCUUGAUGAAACUUUAAGCUAGAUUACAGAAGGCAAAUCUUCAUUUUAAGCAUGGAAAUCAUAGACAUACGUGAUUCAGUGUUCCCAGCUAAGAAUUAUGCCUUUAAAUGCUUUUAAAUGUGUGUAGUCUAGACAAUUACCUACAAUUAAUGCAUUUCUGAUUUAAUAGCAAAACUCUUGAGUGCUGUUCUAGUUUAAUAGUUUUUGUACCAGCAAAACACCAGUGAAAUACGUAUCUUAACUGGGCAGCUUGUUUAACACAGGCAUUGACUUUCUUAGAGGAAUUUUUUCUCUUCUCUGUAGUACAUAUGUGCCAUGUAUCUACAUAUAGGCAUAUUUGAUUCCUUUGUGCCAAUUAAAGAUAUCUGAACAGCAUAGGAAGACUGCACAUACAGGUUCCUAUGUGCCAAAGGUAGAGUAAGUGGAAUAAGCAUUUCAUUAAAACUGAACCUAUUCCAUCACUGAGAUGAUUACUGUGUACAGUCACACUUGCUGAACUUUUUCAUACUGCCAGAACCUAGCUGCAGAGGAAUAAGACCGAAAAUAAAUAUAUAUAUAUAUAUAUAUAUCCACUCUACUGCCUAACCUUGCUAUCUCUUAUUUAGCACAUUUGGUGCUUUUUUUUUUCCCUGAAAUUGAAAACAUUUAUCUGCUUUUCACUCUGGGGUAACUUAUUAAUGAGCGUUUUAAGCUGUUUUUCAUUGGACAUUAAUGUAUGCUGCAUUUGUUCAGCAACAAACUGUAAGGUAAAAUUUACAGGUGAGGUCCUAUAAGAUCUCCAACAGUAGGGAAUUCAGUAAUCUAGAAAUGCAUCUUCCAUUGUGCAUUAAUACACUGCAUGUAGUUGAGAGCGUAGUGCUAUAAAAGACAUUUAUUUGGAUAAAAUACCAAAUAAGAUUGCUGUAAUUUUCUUAAGUGACUCAUCACUAUGUAGUUACUGCUCAUGAGUGUUUCUGGGACCUGGGUCCUAGCAGUAUGCAAUGAGUAUUGUGCAUACUUAGCUAGCUUGCAGCUAUUAUGCAAAGAAAAGCUCUAAAAAGUAUUAUUUUGACUUUACUGCAAAUAUUAUAUAAAGUGCCUGAUUACUAAUACAGAAUAUCUUUUAAACUCAUUAUUUGUAUUUGGUAGGGUAAUCUUUGCUUCUCUAUCUUAUCGGUGGUCUUAGUAUUUUCAAAUAUUUCAAAAAAUAUUUCAUAAUCGCUCUGUAUUGAGAAGCCUUCUUUCACAUGAAACAAGCAGAAAAAUAAGUGUUAUUUUUUUCAAUUUCAAAUUGUCUAUCUCAGUAGAAACUGUGUGAAAAGAAUACUUUCAUAUUGAAAUUAUUUCAUUUUCUCUAUGAGGUGACCUUGAAUUCUGAAUCUUUUUUUCUCCUAGGCUCCAAAGAUGUGAUUGUACUUCUCUCUUCUGCAGUUAUCAAAAGCAGUUGCAGUAUAUCUAUAGGUGGAAAGAGACUGAUAGCAUUCCCUUUAGGCAUAAAGGUAGACUUUUCUCCGCUGCAGACAAAGCAAUGGUCCAGAGUUUCCAUCUCUUCCCUUCUAUGUGCAAUUGUUAGGCAUGACUUUGUUAGAGAAGAAAGGAAUUUCUCCUUCUCUGCUGCUUUCUGAAAUAACAAAAGGUACCAUUGUUUAUAGUCCUUUCACUGAACCAGUCUCUGAAUUGUGUUGUUCCUUUCGUUUGCAACAGAAGGAAUAGCCUCCAGCUCUGCCAGAUAUUAUGUCUGAUGGAAAUUCUGCAGAACAGGUAAUUGUUCAAAACCAGUCUUACAUAGCAAAACAAACAGGCUGAGGGGCUACAUAAAUUACUGGUCAAAUACAUAGCAUAAUCAUACUUGUCUAUAUUUGCUUAGAAGAGGUAAGAAUUAAAUAUGUUCAAGGAAGUGAAUAGUUGCAGAGGAAUAAUGUGCUAAUUCAUCUGUCCUCGCAGAGGGGCAUUCAUAUAGGUACAGCCCCUAGUAAUUUGGAAGAACAUUUGAAGUGUCCUUUCACAGUUAUAUUCUGCAAGUCUUCUGGUCUUCCUGUGUAAGAAUCAUUUAAUAAAUAAAACUGAGGAGAAUGGAGAUUCUCAGAAGAACUUGGGACCUUCUUGGAAAAGAGUUUGCAGAUGAAAGCAAAGCAAAACAAUCCUAGAGUAUGUGACAGAGACCUCCUUUUGCAGUACAGAUACCAAAAUGCUGACUGUUAGGAUAGAAGGUUUAUGGACACGCUUUAAUCAAGUCAAAAAAAAGCUCCAGAGCAUCCGUUUCCUAGCUCUGGAAGCAGUAGGUGACACUCUGGAACACCAUUGUAUGUCUUAGAACAAGGUACCAAGAAUCAGGUGCCACCAUGAUGAGAAAACAAGUGUUUAAUGCCAAAGAAAUUCAUGUUUUCUUUUGGGAUUAAGUUAGUCUCUGCUGGAUUUUGGUGAGAUUUUCACAGUUGUGCGCUUUGAAUCCUUCAUAGCCAGUCUGAACAAGGUCAUGCUUCUGUGUGGUGUUCAGCUAGAGAUACCUGUUUGAAGAAGGAUUGCCAUCUACUGGAGCAUGUUCCAGGAUGGAUUCCAAGAUAUGAGCUUUGAUCAGCACUAAAAGAAAAGUGAAAAGCUUCCACCUUCUCACUUACCACCACUUUUAUGGCAUGUGGGAAAUCCAGCCUUCAGACCUCAGUUGAAACAUCCUUUUGUAGGAGUGUCCCCUAGAUGAUUAUCUUAUAAUGGUAGCAUUUUUCUUCAUGAGCUUAUCUACCUGUUGAGUUUUUUUUUUCCCCACUACUAUGCUGUCUGUAGAUCAGGUAAAAACAGCAGGUUCCAGAACAGGUCAUUUAGUAAGGGAUUUCUAAUAGGGAUCCUUGCAGCCCAGGUAUGUGCCAUAAAUCUUCUGAAUUCAGGUGGCUUGCUAAUGCAGCUGUGUAAGGAUGUUGUUUCAUUCUCUUGUAAGAGAUGUAGAUCUGUGCAGUGGUGGGAUGUGACUGUGGAAUGGAAGAGCUCUAUAGGCUGGUGGGAAGGUCCUGGCUACCUGUUUUACUUGUAGGGAACCAGAACCUCCUUCUGUAGGCUCAGGAUGGGUGAGGUGUACUGGAACGUCUGCAAGUGUAAUCUUCUGCAGUUACAUUAGUUUUAACCAAAGAGAGGCAUUGGUUGGAAUUUGCAUGUUUAUCUGAACUAUGACACACACUUUUCUUUGAAGUAAAUUUUGCAUGUAUUUUUAUCAAAUACUUCUGACAGGGUUACUAAUGUGGCAGUUGACAGGGUGAGAUGGAUAGGAGCAGUUACUGUGCAUUUUUCAUAAGAGUGAGUGGAAGACAAUUGCUAUACCAUAAACAAAAUUGCUGCAAUGACACGUUUGUGCUGCUAGUUAACAUACUGAGAUUUGUGCUACAAAUGAAGUUGUAAUAAAGAUGUUUAUUAUCAAAGUGCAAAGCACGUAUUUUCUGAUGGUAUUCUACUCCUCGAACUGUUUUUUGUAUUAUAGCAUAUUGAGUAAAUAGACGUUCUUGCUGUUGUCUCAUGAAUUUUGAUGCAGUAAAAUGAAACAUGCUCUUUUCUUUCUGAAAAAUAUAAAUUACUGAUUGAUUCAAAAUUAUUCUUUGCCGUCAGAUACUUAGUUUGUUCAUUAAAAAAAAAAAAAAAAUUAAAAGAGAAAUAAACUAUUUUUAUGGAUAAUCUGAUUGCCUAGUUUCAAGGGACUUACUUAACAUCAAAGGUAAGCCACCCAAAAACUGGUGUGAGUGAGGCAGUGCCACGUUCUUGCAGUGCAAUGGUGAGAAUUAGCCUUGGGGCUGGCAGAGAGGAGCUCCCUGCCUGGGGAUGUGCUGCACCACACGCCCAGCAGUCCCAGAACAAAGCAGCCAGCACAAGUGGGAUUAGUGUACAGGUUGAGCUGGCGCACUGCAGGCGGCUCUGUGGGUAUAACUAAUGUUGGAAAAGAGGAGUGUGAAGGCUUGUAUUACUGAUGUGUCAGCUAUACCUGGCCUGUGAACUGACAAAAUACUUCAGUGUGCUGUCAGCCCUGUGAACCUUCUGAAGCACAAAAUAUUCACCAGGCUACUUUGGGGUUUUCUAACUGUAGUUCAGUGUUAUUUUGGAGGGUGGAAAGGACAGACUUGGAGGAUAAUGGGAAGAUACUAAGGUUGUUUUACAGAUUUUUAUAUGUAUUUUUUUAGCAAAAGGCAUUGUUGUACUCAAUGUGAGACCUUUGGUUAGCAAGAAGUCAGUUAUUGUGCAGAGCAAGAUAGAAUAAAGAAAUCUCAAUACCUUCAUUUUCUUUUCCAGGAUAAUGAUUAGCUGCACUGGAAAGUAACAGAGCAAUUUAAUUAUUUAGCUGAGUCUGAAACAUUUUGAUCUAAAUACUUACUGAUAGUCAUUUCUCCUCAAAUACAAACUUAGAGUAAGCAUGAAGCAGUGAUGAAGCAGUGUCUCUUUUUUUUUUUUUUUUUUUUUUUCCCUUAUUGCAGACUUAACUGUUGAGAGGAAAAAAACUUUUUUUUUUUUUUUUUUUCCUUCAUUUUUAAUUAAUGCAGAUCCGGAAUAGUUGGAUGUUCCAGGCUGCUGAAUAGUGUUAGUCUGAAUGGAUUUUUUUUGGGAUGGGGGCCUAAGUGUCCUUAUAUAAGCUGUGAUCCAAGUUACGAUAAGAAAGGAGCCUAUGGUGAGCAGUAAUAAUGUUCUCAUGCUUCCUUGCGUUUAAUCAGUAGCUAUCAGUUUUUAAUGUUACAGCCCUCACAGUACUUAGGAGCUCAUAGAACAUAUUGUGAUGUUAUGUUGCUAAUUUGUUUUAAAAUAUAAAAUGUUUUAAGCUUUUUGUCAAAAGUGGUAACAUCAUAUUACAAAUAAACCUUUUUGUGGUUGUAAAACUUAGCUUAUAAAUCAUUCAAAUUGAAGUGAAAAAACACAGGUCAUUGUUAAUGACAGUCUAUCCUACUAUGAAAAAUAUAUGUAUUUUUGUAAAGGAAAAGCACUUGUAGAUAUUUAAUCGGUCCAUUAUCUAUGUUAAUGUUUUGGAAAAAAAAUACAAAAUGCUGCUUAGAAAAUCACUUACAUAUGUUUUAUUUUUUGUGCUCAGAUGUGUUUUCUGUUGAUUUAUGGAAUGUUUCUUCCGUGUGAAGCUGUAUAGUUAGUACAGCUGGGCUAAAUGCAUUUCUUACCUUAAUGGAAUGCAGCGUGUCUGACUAUGCCAUUACAUAUUCUGUCCGAUCAGAAACCCGACUGCAAAACAUAGGUUGGUGGUGCUGUUCUUCAUCUUUGAUAUUAGCUUCAUCCUGCCGUAUAUCAUUACUACUUCAUAAUGAUUAUGAAAAUGCUAACAAUU